UCUGAUUUCCACGUCUCUUUAUUGACUAUCUGCCGCUCGCAGCUGAGAGAGUAAUACAGGCACUCUCUCAGAGAGCGGCAGAUGUCUUAAAUUAGAGAUGACACUAUCGGCAGGUGCCUGCGUACUCUACAGUGAUUGUUUGGCGAGUUGGAAUCCUUUUUCUCCGCCUACUCAGGAUACUUGAAAGAGAGAAAUAUAUGUACAAUAUAUCAAAUAUUCCAUAGUGUAAAGUAGGCCACGGUAAUAAGCUACAAUCGAAAGGCGAACAAAGCCUUUCAAUCAGUUCAAAUUUGCCGAACGAUGUCCUGUGAUAACGAUAGCGAAUCUAUAAAGGAAGUAAAGCGUGAGGAAGGCGGCGAGGUCUCCGGGGGAAGCCGCCUUCUGACAGUCGGCGAGACCCGUUCGCCUGGAGUGGACCGCCUAUGGUCCGCAGUCCAUGAGUCCAUCGGGCCAGCCGAUGCUGGUCCCGGGGGCAGUGGCCCCUUGCCUGAUUGCGAGCGUCCAGACGGAAGUUUUACCUGGACAGCCGUUGGGGCCCCGGGAGGCGGUCACACACUCAAUCCCUAUGCGGCGGAGUUUGUGCCAGGCGUCACGUAUCACAUAUUUGCUGAGAAAUUCAAAAACUCAGGGGUGUGCUUCUCGCCCUGGAACUCUCCGCCGAACAUAUCGUGUGGCCAGCGCUACGACAGCAUUUGGCGUGAGAGCAGCAUAGAAGAGCAGCUGCCUCGUUGGGAGCAGGAUGAAACCAUAACAGAGCCGCUGCUGCCAAAAAAGCCUCUGACGACACUGCCUGCGGUUCCGGAGGAACCCGAGGAAGCCGAGGAGGAACAGGACGUGCCCCAGCCAGUUGAGGUCAAAAAGAAACGCUUUAAGAUCCUUGCUGGGCUCAAACGACGCUGCAGCCUUAUGUAGGCGCCCUUGAGGCCUCGGAGAUCAGCCUAGAAUAGAGCCAAAGCAGCCAGAACACUUAAAUAUCGAGGAGAGACGGCGAGUGGAGAACAGGAACAACAGGAGGAUCCAGAGUCCGUGACAGAAGAAGAACAAGAACCCGCCAAGGCACAAUUACAGAAUUUACGCAAUGGAAGUACUGAGUACUCCAGAGACACUCCAGAGACAUGUAAUCUUAUACUUAACAACAACAUGUUCGUUCACUCCCAACCAUAAGAUCCGAUUAAACCUCCAUCAAGGCUGCGCCACUGAAGAAGUGAAAUCAAUC